ACAUGACUUUAGUGUACAUCUAAAGUAUCUAAAGUUCUCGCUUAUAUAGUGAAUGCGCAUGUUAAUUAAUAGUUGGAAGAUGCUAUAGAAUUUUUAUCUUGAUUUGUUUUGUCACAUUCAAAACUUGUAUAAUGCCGUCCGUUUCUGAAAUGGCUUCAAAUGUUUUUGUGCUAGAUAACGGUGGAUAUACCGCAAAAGCAGGAUUUUCAUCGGAUUCUCAGCCGAGAGUUAUACCUAAUUGUAUUAUGAAAGCCAAAAGUGAACGAAGGCGGCAGUUCAUUGGUAAUCAGCUGGAUGAAUGCAAGGAUUUUUCAGCAUUAUAUUACACUUAUCCUUUCCAAAGAGGCUAUAUUGUUAAUUGGGAAGUAGAGAAGCAAGUAUGGGAUUAUAUCUUUGGAAAUGAUGUUUAUAAUGUUGAUUUUAAGGAAACAUGUUUAAUUGUAACUGAGCCAUAUUUCAACUUUCUAUCCAUGCAAGAAAGUAUGACAGAAAUUUUAUUUGAAGAUUAUAAAUUUCAUUCGAUUUUAAGGAUUAAUCCUGGAACUCUUUCAGCUCACAAAUGCCACAAAGCUGCUCCAUCAGAAAUGUGUUGUUUGGUUGUCGAUUCUGGAUUUUCUUUUACUCACAUCAUUCCUUACAUCAAGGGUAAGAAGCUUAGGAAUACUACUCGUAGAAUUGAUAUUGGUGGAAAGAUAUUAACUAAUCAUUUAAAGGAAAUUACGUCUUAUCGUCAAUUAAAUGUGAUGGAUGAAACAUAUGUUAUGAAUCAAGUGAAAGAAGAUGUUUGUUAUGUGUCUACCGACUUCUGGGCUGAUAUGAAAAAAGCAAAGUUAAGAAGCAAAGAAAAUACAAUUGUAAGGGACUAUGUGCUUCCUGAUUAUACAGUUAUUAGAAGAGGCUAUGUUCGACCUUUAGAGGAGACAACUGGCAAACCAAAGGAUAAUGAACAGUUAAUUCGAAUGAAUAAUGAGAGGUUUAUGGUACCAGAAGUUCUGUUUCAUCCAUCUGAUGUAAAUAUCCAAGAAAUGGGAAUCUCGGAAGCUAUUAUACAUUGUAUUGAAGCUUGUCCAGAAGAUGUUCAGCCUCAUCUUUACAAAAACAUUCUUCUUACUGGGGGCAAUGCUUGUUUUCCUGGAUUUAAAGAAAGAGUUUACAACGAUAUUAGAUCUGAAGCUCAUUAUCUUUUUGAUGUUAAAGUGACAUUACCAGAAAAUCCAGUAACAUUUGCAUGGGAAGGAGGUGCUCUUUUAGCAAAAGAUCCUGAAUUUCCAAAACUUAUUGUAACAAGAAAGCAAUUUGAAGAAAAUGGGCUUGCUUUUUGUCUUGAUAAAUUUGAUGUUUAGAAUUAUUAAAAAAAUUUCUUUUUUCUUACAAGGAA